CAAAAUUAUUUUUUUAUUAUAGCAAGGAAACUGAUUGAUAGCCAUUUUGAAGAGCCUUUUGUUAGUGUUUUGUGAAUGUUUUCAUCUAAAUUUUGCUAAUAUUGGACAAUAAGACAGCAAAUAAGCAUUAAUCUAAUGGAUCUUUAAUAUGGAUAUCUCAUAAAAAGACAUUACGUUGCAGUGUUGUUUGUUUAGUGAAGGCGCAUUGUGAAAAAAGAACCGGAACGGACCUUACUGUAUUUCAGAUCUGUUUUAGUAUUAAUUGUGAAGUUGAGGAGAUAAAUUGUGCAAGUGGAAGUUUUUGUUUGACGAUCAAAGUGGACAGUUUCAUUGAGAUAACAUUAUUUACGUCGCGUGUAUUUGUUCGCUACGUAAAUCGAGAUCGCCACAAGAUGGCCGCCAUCGAAUGCCCGCUCCGCCAAAACCCGCUCGCGAGCCCCGAUGUGUCAUCCGCUGGAGGUGUUUCGGAUACGCUGUAAACUGGCGUCUCGCUGCGCGGCCGAUAUCACCGGUCGCUUCCGGCGAAGUUCCAUUGUGUAAAAUGGAAUUUCGCUCGAGGCGCCAAAAUACGAUGGGUGUUGACACAUCUCUCGCUGCGAUACCGUACCGUUACUUCGACGGCCGCACCAAAUAAUCGUCGAUAAAAAUGAGCGAGCCAGCCGACGUAGGAAAAGAAGUGUGGAAGCGAUGGAUUCUCGAGGCGAUACAUAAGAUACGGUCGCAGAAACAACGGCCGAGCGUGGAGCGGAUAUGUCAUGCGAUCAGGCAGCACCACAACUAUCAUGAGGACGUCGUGUCGGAGCGCCUGGAGCGCGCGGUGCGCGAAGGCGUCGUGCUGAAGGUGUACAACAAGGGGCAGAGCACGUACAAGGACCCCUGCGGGCUGCAGAGCAAGGUGCUGCGGCUGGCGGCCGACGUGGACGUGUCGAGGGCUGUGGCCAAGGCGGUGCGCGAGUUGGGCGAGCGGGACGGUUCUAGCUUAAAGACUAUCGAGAAACAUUUGCGGCAAGCAUACCAAGUGACUGUGGAGGAGAACGUUGACGUGCGGAACGUGUUGCGGGCGGCCGCCAAGCGAGCCGUGGCCCGGGGGCUGCUGCUGAACCACGCGGGGAACUACAAGGCGACUGAUCGGCCCCUCACGGCCACAGAUCGCAUCCAAAAGCAGAAGCGACUGCCAGAAACCUCAGAGAGUAACUCAAGUCCAGCGGGGGUGCCAGUGUGCGCGGAGUGCCUGGGCACGGAGGCGCGCAAUCGGCUGGGCGCAGCGGAGAGCCUCCUCGUGUGUAGCCAGUGCAAGUGCUACGCGCACCCCACCUGCCUCAACUUGCUGGAAUACAUCAGCUUGACUGUUUUGAAGAGCGUGCGCUGGUGUUGCGGCGAGUGCGCGCGCUGCGUGACGUGCGGCCUGAGCGGCGAGUGGGCGUCGCGCUGCAGCGCCUGUCCGCGCACGGCGCACGCGCGCUGCCGCCUGCCGCCUUGGCGCUGCGAACACUGCGUCGACAAGCCGCACACGCCGAGACUGACGAUGGGUGGAACGCCGAAGAAGAGGAAGCCGAAGACGCCGGCGCGGCGCAUCGACUCUGACGACGAGCCCUCCGACGGUAAUAGCUCGCCGUACAGCGCGCGCCCCGCCCGCGCGCCGCACCCCGCGCGCCCCGCCGAACAGACUAUGUCCAAGGAGAAGCAGAAGUUCUUCCGCUUCUCCGCCUUCAACCUCGUCAAGCGGCGCCGCUGCCGGGACUCCUCCAGCGACUGGGAGGGCUGGGGCUCCCGCUGGGGCGGCAUGCGCGUCACGCGCGUGCAGAGGGUCGAGCUGCGCCUCGAGCGGCACCGCUCGCCCUCCGACCGCUCCUCCUCCGACAGCUCCCCGCCGCGCCGGGCCCUCCCCCCUGCGUCGUCGUCGCCGCGAUCACCCCCCGACCGACGCACCCCCACGAUAUUCGAGCGCCUCGCCACCGAUACGGCCCCUGACGGCUCCUGGGGCUUUGCCGCCGAAGCGAGAAAGCAACAGCUCAUCGAACCGCAAAGCCCCAUCGCGCGCAAGCUCUCCCUCUCCCCCGUACGCAAACCCGCCCAACCAAUCGACAGACACAGAAGACGUAGCAGAUGCGGCGACAGAUUACUUACCACGUUGUUCGACGGCCUAUCGGAAUUUUAUUCGGUCCGGACGGCGUCGCGUUCCCAGUCCCGGCCUCGGCUCAAACAGGAGAGCGAGGAUAGACAAGUGCUGAAAGAGACUAGAAGUACGUUUAAACGGUACCAGGCUACGCUGCAGCGAGACGGGCGGAGUAGAGAGCGGAGUCGCUCUCGGACGCGCGAGUACCGGCGGGAGAGUGCGCGGAGUCAGAGCAGGAAUGCUCGGAGUCGGAGUAGGAAUGUUCGGAGUCCGAGCCGGACGAGGUUGCGGAGUCCGAGCCGGACGAGCUUGCGGAGUCCGAGCCGGAGCAGAUUGCGGAGUAGGGGACGGGAGCGGAGCGUGUCGCGGGAGCCGGUGAAGCGCCAGUUGCGGAGCCCCGUGCGGAUCGCGGAGGUGCCCGGCGUGCGGAGUGCGGAGGGCGUGCGGCUAAGCGCGUCGGCGCUGGUGGUGCUGGCGGCGGAGGGCGCGCGGCGCGGCGCGUGCGGCGACGCGCAGGCGCACAAGCUCGCGCUCGCAGCCCCCGCCUCGCAUCACACGGAGGGUAAAAGACUUCCCCCGGGGGUGACGGAGGCGGACGCGGAGCUGUUUUCACAAGCGCGCACGGCCUCGGGCGCGGAGGGCGAGGCCGGGCCCGCGCCGGCGCCGGGCGCGGCGGCUCCUGCGCCCUCGCGAUCUCCCUCUGCUAUCGAGUUUGGCCAGUGGGAGAUCGAGACCUGGUAUUCCAGCCCUUUCCCGCAGGAGUAUGCCAGGUUGCCAAAGUUAUUCCUCUGCGAGUUCUGUUUGAAAUACGCGAAGAGUCGAGCCGUUUUAAUGAGGCAUCUUGACAAGUGUCUGUGGCGCCAUCCGCCCGCCACGGAAAUCUACCGCUGUGGAGACAUCUCCGUGUUCGAAGUGGACGGCAACGCCAACAAGAUCUACUGUCAGAACCUCUGCCUGCUCGCCAAACUGUUCUUAGACCACAAGACGCUGUAUUACGACGUUGAACCAUUCCUCUUUUACGUACUGACCAAGAAUGACAGCAAAGGAUGCCAUCUUGUCGGAUACUUCUCUAAAGAAAAGCACUGUCAGCAGAAAUACAAUGUAUCCUGCAUAAUGACGAUGCCACAGUACCAGAGGCAGGGAUACGGGAGGUUCCUCAUCCAUUUUAGUUAUUUAUUAUCAAGAGAAGAAGGACAAGCGGGUACUCCUGAAAAACCUCUAUCAGAUCUAGGCAGAGUCUCAUAUCACGCGUAUUGGAAAUCCGUUAUCCUAGAAUUCCUUUAUGACCACAAAGACAAACCAUUUACGUUUGAAGAAAUUGCUCUCACAACUGGGAUGCAUAUGAAUGAUAUUGCCGUUACGUUUCAGCUACUAGGCUUCGUGAGACAUGUUCCCAGUAAUGAAUUUGUGAAAGUAGGCAUCUGUGUUGACUGGAACAGGGUUGAGAGUCAUAUGAAAAAGCUAAGGAGUGGACCAAGGCUGGAAAUUGAUCCUGAGUGCCUAAGGUGGACACCUCUGUUAGCACCUACCAUAAAUCCAUUCAGAUCACCUGAAGAGGGUUCUGGGGACCAAGAUACUGAAAACGAUGAUAAGGAGGAGAAUGAAUUAAAAACUGAGAGUGAGAAUACUGAAACUGAGCCAGAAAGUAUACCGGCUAAACCUGAAACGAGUACUAAACAUGCUACAAAAGAAACUGAAGCACCGGUUGAAGUCACUUCAUCUGGUAGAAGAAGAACGCGGCCACUGAAAUACAGUGAAAGUACUUAUCAAACGACACCAACAUUAGGUGGUGAUGGUAGUCGGAAAAGGAAACGCGAGGCCAGUAGAAAGAUUUCAGAAAGCGUGGAGGAUGAUAAGAAAGAACCAGAAGCAACACCCAGAAGACAAAGGAGCAAAAGCGUCGCUCGGAAAUCUAAAGUCCAAGAAGAGGUUAUUGAAGAAAUUACUCCAAGAAGCAGGAGGAAAAAUGUGCCUGAACCAGUUUAUGCCUCAGAUAGUCAGGAGAGUCAAGAGAGUAUGGAUACUCGAAUUGAAGUUCCUACACCGACAGUUAAUGAAGUCAAGACGAAAACUAAGAAAAAGAUUGCAUGGAAAGGACGGAAAAGGCAAAAGGUUAAAAUUGCGACGAGAAGUAGUUCCCCAUCUGCUAAAAAGGCCAAAGUUGUGGAACAAAAAGAGGAAGUCAAUGUUUAUAAAACUGAUGACUUUGUUGAACAGUCUACUGAAACAGCCGCUGUGGACAUUCAAAGUAACGCUACAAAUACACAAAGUGAGAAAAAGGCAGUGGAAAAGGAUAAGAAUUCUGAUGCAAGUUCUGAAGAUUCGUCUGGAGAAGCCGAUGACGAGAUGGAUGUCGAAGAGGGCGAAGAGAAAACAAGCGUCUCGAGCAAGCCUGCAACACCACGACAAAUAGAAGAAAACAGUACAGACCAUCAUACUAGCGAUAUGGAACUAGACAGCAUACACAUGGACUCACCCAAAUCCAUAGCUGAAAAAGAUCAAGUUAUAGAUGAAGCGGGUAAAGACAAACCUGAAGAACAUACAGUUAUCGAAAACGGUCCUGAUAUGACCUCACCAUCUGACAAUACAGACACAAGGACACCUGACGAGACUGGUGAUCUAAAAGCGUCAGAAACAAGAAACGGCGAAAUAACGUCUCCAAAUAAACCAGCACUUGAUGAUAAAGACACCAUCGUCAUAUCAGAGUCUGAUGACAAUAACAGUCAGAGCUGCCCUUUACCAUCUCCCAAACCCAGUGAUAUAGCACCAGUGAUACCCGAUGAGGUCAAAGAAAAAGAUAUGAUGGAGACUGAUAGUCCUUCGAAAGUCAUACCGUUAGUUUCGACAGAAAAUUCUCACAUUGUUCUGGAUGCGAAAGGCCCAUCUGAAAAUCAAAUCAGGCCCCCUGUAGAUCUUAUUGUACCGCGUUUAAAUCAGAUUGAAACCAUCGUCGUAGAGGGGGAAUCUGAUAAUGCCAACUCCCCACAAACUGGGAUAUCUCCAAAGAAGCAUGACAAAACAGUCAUAAGUGAGUCUCCGAAACAGAAAUCGCCUGAGAAAAUGUCUACAGAGACGUGCGAGCAGAAAAAGUGCGAAAUGAGGAAAGAAACAGUCAUCCAACAUCAGGCUCUUGAUGAAAUUAAAGCGGCAGAAAAGAAAUCACCAAACAAAAUAGAGUCAAUCAUACAGAACUUGGAUCCUCAUAGAGACCUCGCUAAUAGUCUAAAAAAGCUUGACCCGCCGAAAAUGGAUUCUUACAACGAAAUUGACGUUCGAAAACUACAAAUGCCCAUCACAAGUAAAGACAGUGACAAUCCCUUUCGUCCCGACAUGCUGUACACAAGAAAAGAUGAAAUCGUAGUUUCGCGAAGUAUAAUCGAAAAUACUAUACAAAAUUAUCAGAAUUCUCUUAGCAGUUCAAUGACUAUACAACCGAUUAAUAACUCAGUACAAUUACAACAUUCAUACUUAAAUCAUAGGCCCAGUGUGAGCAAAGAAUCUCAAGCCGUCCAAACUGAUAAGGUGCUGAUUAAAACCAGUGAUUCCAGCAGAGUUAACAUGAAUAAUAUGUCAGAAAGCUCUCCAGUUAUAAGUAAAAGCACCACGAAAUUGGAAGUUCCACAUCCAAUAACAUCCCCCGUAGUAUCAUCCAACAGCACAGUUAUCCCCAAAAUACCAAAUGUACAAGAUAUAAAUUUUUUACCGAGAUGCCAGAGCGCUAACGCAGCUGUAAACUUGGGCGUGGAAAGAACAGAUUUAGAAACUAAUUUUGUCAAUAACGCUAUGAAUUCUUUAGGUGGAUCCAUGAGUAUAAUUCCAACCUCUUCCCAAGAUAAAAUUGACCCAAACCAAAAGCCUAGAGAGAAAAGCAAGCUUCGGGACGUAAGAGUCAAUUCAGCUCACAGCAAAAUGGAGAAAACUGAAAAGAAAGGGGCAAAAAACGAAACCCCGAGAAGCACGCCGGAACCCAAGAUGUUUUUUCCUGAACAAAAUGCGCCGACGAGGAAGCCAGAAACAUCAGUCCCAACAAAUGUGAUCAACACCGCGGCAGUCACGAGUAAAGUGGAGACGAAAGCAACCGAGGCGCCAAAGAAACAAGAUUUUUUUAAGAAGGAGAAAUCAAAUGCCAAUAAAUGCGAUUCUAAAACUCAGUCAGUAAAACAUGACAAGAGUUGUUCCGCCCAGUUGAAGGCAGCAGAGCAGAAUGAUUUGAACAAAAUGCUGCCGAAAUUGAAGUAUGAUAAUGAGUUGAUGCCGAAAGCGGAUUACACUAUGAACCAAAUACCUACUUACCCCACAUCACACGCGCAAUACCCGCAGUGGCCGCCGUGGGAUCCUACGCGUACUUGGGACCAUAAUCGCUUUCUAGAUAUGAAAAACAACGAUAAAACCUAUCUAGAUAAAUUCCAAGGUUUCAACUUACCACCAUUGGAUCAAAUGCAGAAGUCUCCCCAAAAAUUGCACCCAAAAUACGAUCAAAAGGACUUUCAUAAUAUUGCUUAUGGGGCAUUGUCCAGUGGUAUAUAUGCGACUACUGGUCUCCCGCAUUUCAAAGAAACUAAAGCACCAACAUCAAAAGCAUCUGAUUGUUCACAGAAGAACGAUUGCAAGCCAACUAAGCAAUCAAAGACAACCACCGCGUGUCAAACUCAGUGUGAAAAUAAGAAAUCUCAAUCCCACAACACUACUGAAGCACAGAUGAAGCAAAUGAUGCAACGUCAAGUCAAGCAACAGCAAGAAGUUGUAACCAGUUGCGCAGAUUAUAGACAAAGCCCUCAAAUCUUAACAUCCCCUGGUUGCAAAUCAUUUAACCAAAACGGGCCGUGUGGUCAAGAAAAGGUUGAGAUCGAGAAGAAAUCUCGGCAACAUUCCAAAAAGGAUGAGUCCCCGAAAGAUACAAGUAAAGAAGAGAUGUGUGAAGCUGUCAGCCCCGCGUUGCAGUCUAUGGGGGUCUAUACCCCUGAUUCGACGAGUAAUUCAGUACAUUCAGUGCAAUACCCAGCCUGUGAGCUGGAUAUGAGUCAAAUAAGUCUAGAAUCGCCUACCAGUAUAGGGUCGGAUUUAGCGAGCCCAUGUUACAAUAUGCAUCCCGCGCCAAGCCCGCAGUAUCCGCACUCGUCAAUACACAUACCUUCCAUCAUGAGUCAGCCCAAUCAGCCGCCGAAACAGCAGAAGAUCAAUAAUAGGAAUAGGAACAGCAACAGCACAACCAACAGCGGCGCGGACAACAAGGCGGGCGUGCGCGGCACCGCCACGCCGCCCGCGCGCCACCGCGCCACGCCGCCGCACUCCGCCACGCCGCACGGUGGGGGCGUGAUGCAAGGCGGGCCGGGAAGCGCGGGCGGCGGCGGCGCGGGCUACCAGGGCGGCUACCUGUCCUUUCAGCAGCAGCAACAGUACCACACGGGCUGGGCGCCCUCGUGCUCGCUCGCCAAGCUGCAGCAGAUGGCCGACGCGCCGCAGCACCCGCCGCACACCCCGCCCGCACCUCCACAGUUUUUCGAUUUCCAGUAUGGCCAACAAUCCGGCACGCCGCCUGCGGGCCACUACCACGCGCCAAAAUACUACGCGCCUGCGCACAACCAACUCGAGUCGCCUCGCAACACCAGAAAUACUACCAGUAACCUAAGUCCCAUGCAACAUGUCCAAAUGGGUCCGGGGUCACGGAUGUCCCCAAAUCUGAAUACUCACAUCAUCAGCCAGUACGGACUGAAUGGCUACCGAGUGACCCCUCAGCAGCAGUUUAACAACCUACCCGUUCAAAUGAUGAACGUACAGCCGGGGGUCCAGUACCCUAGCCCUGACCCCAGGGCUCAGCAACCUAAUGUGUACGCGUACGGGUACAUUAAUGCUCCGCCACCUCUAACCAUGCAAACUCUAAACUCUACUAUGCGUCGGUAGCCUCGACCAAAAACACAGUGCCGGAAACAGUGAUCAGUGCUAAGUGACAACAGUGACAGUGUCGGACGCAACAGUGCAUCACUUUCGGCAUAAACCAAAACAAAAGAAACUUAUUCGAAAAGUUAACGGUUUAAAAGUAUCGAAAAACCCUGACCAAAAAGGAUUGUACAGUAAAAUAAAUGAAUAAUACUUAUAAGGCAUAGUACAAAUAAAUAAAAAUAAUAAUUAAUGAUAUGGCUUCAUUUGAUUCUGUAUAUAGUUGAUGUAAUUUGACGAUUAACACCACUUCAGUUGCCUUACCCUCAGAACUAGUGGACGAAACCUCACUUUCUGUUAUUUUUUUUCACUGGCUCUGGAUUCUAGCUCUUUGAGCCUGCGUUCUGUUAUACUUGUACUUGUCAUGACAUGGCAGCUGUUUAGUUUUGUACAUUGUAGACACAGAUUUGAGGAAACAGAUGGAUCAUAGUGGUCAGCACAGGCCACAUUGGGAGCAAAGCGAAACAAAACUAAGUUUGUUUCACUUGCUUACAAAUCACGGCUUAGUUUAGCUCUGUAGCUCCCGGUGUGAACCGAAGUAUGAAAGACGUGAAGACGCGAUAGCGAAAUGAACUUAGUUUCGUUUCGCUUUGCUCCCAGUGUGGCCUGCGCUUAAUGGCCGAUUCACACAAAUUGCGUACACGUGACAUGUGCGUAGUGAUGAGCGUAAACCUUUAACACACCGGGUUACGCAUACGUCCACGCUUUAAGCAAGUGGUGUGCCAUGUUCCAUACAGCUCCAUACAUUAUAACGCAAUGGUACGCGCUACGUCUACGCUUACGCAGCCUGUGGGAACAAGCUAUUAGUCGCCAAGUGGGCGCCAAGCCUUCAAUCUAAUGUAAAAAAAUAGUCAGUGUAAAGUCUAAGGCCUCGUUAACGGAGACGCGGGGAGUUCCGCAGUGCACUGUGUGUGGGUACCGCGAGCUUGUCUUUUUCCUCAUGCCUGUGAUGUAGAUAUUCAUUUCUCAUUGGAGAAUACACAGUAUCCGGUAUUGAAGCUGAAUAAAGUACAAAAUUGCUGAUAAAAAUGUAUUUAGAGGAACUGUUAUUGUGUAUAAUAGUGGCCGCUGUGUCAGGGAAAAUGUAGCAUAAUAAUGAAUAGUGCAAUAAGCGUAGUUGGAGUGUUGCACAAUUUUUUUUUAAUAAUUCAACAUUUCUACCAAGCAGUCAUGGUGAAGAAUUCAACUGGCAAUACCACUUCAGAUGUUAAAUUUCACAUUGUAAUAGGUCUACUAGUCAAAUCUGAAACAUAAACAUUUGAUGUGCUUUUUUAGUUAAUUCUAUAAUUUAAAAUGGGUAUUAAACUUAAAACUAAAAGAGGCUGUGUAUUUAACGUAUUCUUGAAUACCCUCUAUAUUUUAGUAAUUACUAAAAAAUAAUUUAUUUUUGACAUAGGCAACAUCCCAAUUUGUCAAAAAAAAAUACAUAGUAGGUAUUAUUUUAAACCACCAUUGUGGCUGAUUCUUGACAGACACAAUCUGUAAAUCAGGACUAAAUAUAUUGCUAUUCCUUUCAUAAUGCUUCCUGCCGAAAAGGAUAGCAAUAGAUUGAGUGCUUUCAACAGUUACAUUUAUACUCGGUGGCGACGUAGAUGCGGCUAACUGAGAUGUACUAUCUAACUUGACUUCCUAGUUUUUUUGCUUACUCAUAUUUUAAACAAAACUAAGCUCUACCUGAUUUUUUAAAAACUUAAGUACCAAAAAAGCCAUCCAAAUUCUUCACCAUGUCUGCUUAGUUGAAUUUGACAGUUAUUUCUUUUUACACUGUCCAGCGUUUUUUUUUGUAACCGGGAGUUAAUUACGCAAUGCAUUGUCAUUAUUGCAUCACAAUAAAGUGGUGUUUCUUGCAAAUGAUCUUCCAGUUGCGUUGAAAUGUGACAUUAAAAUAUCUACACUAAUAUUAUAAAAUCUGGAAGUGUGUCUGUCUGCCUAUUAACAGUCUGGUACAGAGAGAAAGCUUGCAUGCUGGAGACAUACAAACUACUUUUUGUCCCUGAAAAUUAAACUUCCCAUGGGAUUUUCAAAUAACAUUUAAAGGUAUACACAAAUAUUAAAGUGGGGGGCAUCAUCUUGACACCAUGAAAGCAAUUUUGAAAAUACAUACAUCAAUAUUUUCAUAACUUUUUCAAAAUUACUUUUGUGGCGUUAGAAAUGAAGAUAUUAUGAGUCCUUUGGCUUAGUUUUACAAAAAUGUCUUAAAAUUCACUUGGUCAUUUCCUACCUUUGGAAGGCUGCUUUCCAAAACUUGCUGCUCUGAAUUAACACAUUUUAAAAAUGUGCUUAGUCGGAAAACCUCCGUUUUUUUUUUUUAGAAAUUUGUUAAUGUGAGAGACGUAAAUCUAUCUCGUUCUAAUUAUAUUUAAGAGAGUAUCUGAAGGGAAUGUAUAGUGCAUUGCGAUAUCUACUCCCGGGGUCACUCGGCGCAAGAACUGUGAUAAAUGUUUUCAACAGUGAAGUGGAAGGCGCGUGCUUAAACCAUCAUAAAUUAUAUUAAUUAAUUAUUUUAUUUUCCCAAAGAAACAACCUAUUUAAGUGUUCGUGCGUAUCAGAAUUAGAGUGCAAUUUAUUUACAACACAAAAGUUGGAUGUAAUUGUUUUUUCGGAAAGCUCGUAUAUGUAUAUCGCGUAUUGCUGUUUUGUUUUGUAAUUUUACUUAGUCUGUACAGUCGGCGUGUAAUUAUAAUUUUGGAUAAGUUUUGUAUUUAAUCUGUUCUCGGAAGUGCCUCUUUCUCGUCCCGUUGUAUGCUUAAUUUCUGUGUAAGAUAUUGUAAUUAUUGAUGUACCGCUUUUACUUAACUGAAGGCUGUAUACAUAGAAUUCGUACUUUUAGUAUAUUUGUAUUAUAAAAGUAAAUUAAUGUUUUCAUUUUUUCGAUGUGAUAGUAUUAGAGGCGUAGGAGGUUCCGUCGGAUAGCAAAGAGUGAUAACAAAUGGUCCACUCAAUGCAAUAAUGACAACAGGUACACUCACACAUAAACAUCUCAGCCUAAGUCAGCCGGCAUUUGGUCUUGCUGGGCUAACUUGGUCCCGUGACAUGACAAGUAUAUUCUACGGUGGCGCGCUUUCGACUGCUAGAGGGGGGGGGGGGGGGGGACAGAGUGUUCUUUCUCUCAAACUCAAUUGGGUAUUCUUUUCUUUUUAUUAUCCUUUAUUGCGAGUUAAAUUGUACUCUAUUGUGUCGUAAUAAGAGCCGCUAUUUAUUUAAAGGUUUUUUGCGGGAUGUUCUAUGGAAGGUACUAUGAAGUAUUCUUUGACCCAGCUGAGGUCUGGCUGACUUCGGCAUGGUCAGCUGCUAUUAAUUCUUCUUUAAUUCUUUUAUUCUUUUCUUUGCCCAGCCCAAGUCUGGCUGACUUCUCAGCCAAGUAUGUGUGAGUGCGCCUGCUAUCGCAUGUUGCAUUGCUCGGACCUUCUGCUACAUCUCUAUUUUGUGGCUGGACUCUCAAUUACUGGCCUAAAAGACGGUUGACUUUUAUAUUUUGUAUUUUUUUUUUGUAGUAACAUGUAGUAUAAACUUUGAUGAUAGUUUCUUUUCUAUGCGCUUUGAUUUAAGGAUUAUUAUCGUGUUAUCCUCGUUAAUUUAUUGCCAAAUGUUAUUAACACUUAGUUGCAGGAUAGUUAGUAGGUAGGUAUUGUUCAGUUGUCUCGCUCGUGGUUACGUUGUUGGGGCCGUGGGGGCGCGACUUGGAUCAGUAAAUUAUUUGUAAGAUCUGCUCCUGUAAGGUUAUGAAUGUUAUUUGUUACUAAUGUGUAGAAUAUAAAAUAUUGUAAAUAUUAAUAUACUUUAAGACUUGUAGCAGGUGUUAUCACACAAAAUAUAAUUUUGUGAAAAAAUU